CUUUUGCUUUUUCAUGUUUCCACAUUUUCUGUUUCUUGAACUAGAUUUCCAUGUUUCAUUUUCCUUGGUUUCAAGAGAUGGGAAAGAUAGGUAGGAAAAUAGAGUUUAGUGGUUCCAAAACUAAUUUUGCAAGCCUGCAAAUUCUGUCUCAUUGAACUGGUAGGAGGUUGCUAGCUGUGGAAUACACCAGGAAUAAAUAUCUGAGAAACUUGUAUGCGUCCACAUUAAUUAGAAUCAGGAUGUGAUUGAUGAUAUUCUUUUCUCUCCUUGGAAGUGUUUCUUUUUCCUUCAUAUGGAUCAUGCCAUUCAGACCCAGUGGUUAACGAUAAUUGAAUUUCCAACGGUUAGUUAUAUGUUUCUUGGCUGGCCAUGCCAUGAGAAAUAUAGGUAUUAAAGCAAGAGGCACCGCUAUUUUCAGACAUAUCUGAUCAAAAAUCGUUUUUACUUAUCAAAAGGUAUUGGAGCAAGAGGCAUUUAAGUGUUUUUUGAGGAAUAGUAGAUGUCUGCUUGUUUAUUCUUGAAUAACCUGUGUUGUGAUGAGGACAUCCAUGAUAUCAGAUUAUUCGGUCUUCUGGUCGACCUGUUUGUAAUGCACGAUAAGGCAGUUGCCUUUCUAGUUUCUUGACACUUUGCUUCACCUGCCAUAAUGGAUAAGUUGAAUUUUAGUGUAUAUACAGCAAUUUGGUGAUUGACUGUGCACUUUGGGAAACCAUGCUAGUAAUGAUGAAUGUUAAGAUUCAUUUAUGCUUGCUAAUGUCUUUUUGAGAAAUUAUGCAUCUUUCGUGACAAUGCUAGUAGGUAGCUGCAUGAAUGGUGGAUUUCAUGACUUUUUGUGCUUGUUACAUGUCUUUGCUUUAGUAUCUUGUCAUACUUCUCACAAGAUGCAUAUCCUGACGCCAGGUCCAGCCUGUAUCCAUGAGCCAGGUGAUGUCGGAGGGAGCAUAUAUCUUAUUCUAUAAGAGAUCAUAUCCACGGCCAGCUAGAAGGAUUAGCCGAAGACAAGCUCCUGGGAUUUUAAAGCACUGCCCACCAAAAUCAACAAAGACUUCUAGGCCAGAGCAGAUAAAAGCAGAGCAUCAUUUUGUUGGUGUGGAUCCUUAUACGAAUCACAGACCGGAACUGAACGGCAACAUCAUUGAUUGCACCUCCGGUGGAAUUGUCAGGAAUGCCAAUAGAAAUAGACCGCCGGUUGUGGGAACUUACACGGAGUCAAUGACCGCAGAAUUUUCAGAUGCUACAUCAAGUGACUGGUCCCUCUUUACAAGCUCAGAUGAAGCGUCAUUUACAACUGAGAGUACCAGAGACUCUUUUAGCACUGUUGAUUAUGCGGAUGCAAGCGCUACUGAUCCAUUCUCUUCAAUCAUCAACAGCUUAUGCGCAUCAGACCGUUCCUCUAACAGAACUGUCGCGUGUAGUAUGUUUUCGAGUAGUAAACCACAUACAAGAUUCUUUUCAGAAAGGAAGGGUUCUGUUUUGGAUUCAAGUGUGGCUGCCGGACGCCUUGAUCGAGUGCACGGUGCUAGAGUUCCAAGACAGGUCUUUGUUCCUCCUUCUGAAGGUUUUCAUAGUGAUAGUAGUACUGGUGUAAAUGUAAAAUAUGGUAGUGAGCCUAGAUUUGGACCUCAUCAAACUUACUUUCCAUCUAAUGUUUAAUUUCUUGGAAUUCCAAGUCAUUAUAUGUCGAAUUAGCUAGGUACAAGUUGUGCUUCUAUUUUGCCAAUCAAUAUUUUAUUGAAUGGAGCACAUCAAUCGUUUGUCAGUUCAAGAAAA